GGAGCCUUUGCCCUUGCAUCCCCCCUCAUCCAUCGCUACUACGACGAUACUCUCCAGGGGCUCUGCCAGAGUAACUCCAACCUGCGGCCACCUUUUGAAUUCAGCCCAUGGUCUUGCUGCUGCUUUAACCUGGGCAAGCAAGUGCGUGCGUACAGGCAUCGAGAUCACUUAAACUGCCCUUUUGGCUGGUGUGCCAUCUCUGCGCUGGGCUGGUUUGACCCGAAGAAAGGUGGGCAUCUCGUGUUGUGGGACCUGAAGUUAGUUAUAGAGUUCCCACCUGGGUCGACGAUUUUCAUCCCCUCUGCCCUUCUCCUUCACUCCAACCUCCCUGUACGCCCAGGUGAAAAGCGUUUCUCCUUUGUGCAGUGGUCUGCUGGGGCGCUCUUUCGCUGGGUCGAAUUUGGUUUCCGUGGUGUCAAGGAGUACAUGGAAGGGCGUCCAGCUAAGGAGGCUAGUGUUCUGAAUGAGGAACGAUGGAGGACAGGCAUGAUGAUGAUGCCUAGGCUUUCUCAUUUCCGUCCAGAGUAG